AUGAUUGACAAGUGGGCUAAAGCAAUAAAUGAAGGAUAUAUGAACGGAGUCGUCCUUUUAGAUCUCCGUAAAGCUUUCGAUCUAAUUGAUCAUAGUAUCUUGCUACAAAAGCUACGAAUGUAUAAAUGCAGUACAAAUUCUGUAAAUAGGUUUUCCUCGUACCUACAAAACAGAUAUCAAAGUACAUCUGUUAAUGGUAAAAUAUCUUCCAAACUACCUAUGACGAAAGGGGUUCCUCAGGGAUCUAUUCUGGGUCCCUUGCUUUUUAUUGUCUUUAUUAACGAUCUGCCACUGUCUAUCCCACAUGGCGACAUAGAUAUGUAUGCGGAUGAUUCUACCAUCACGACAUCUGCGAAAACCAUAAACCAACUCAAUGAAAACUUAAAUCAAGCUAUGGAUGAGGUCUCAAAUUGGUGUAAUGACAACAAAAUGAUGCCAAAUACAGACAAAACGAAGUGUAUGCUCAUAACAUCGUGGCAAAAACGGCUUCACAUACCACAAAAUGAAGAUCUGUGU